UCGGUAACAUUCAUAACUCCGGCGAUGGUGAUAGAGAGACACACGGCGAGCGGGCGCACGCGGGAGAGGCCACACGCCGCCGCCACAUCCUGCCACUACACGGGGGCUGUACACGGACAGCCCGCGUCGAGCGUCGCGCUUUCAGCGUGCGAUGGCCUGGCGGGCCUUUUACGGACUGAGCACGGAGAGUACUGGAUCGAGCCAUCCAAUCAAGUUCCCACCGAUAGUUCCGCGGGGCGACCACACGUAAUAUUUAAACGGUCGGCCGUAGACAAAGUUAAAGCAUAUCAUCGUGCGAAGAGAGAAGUUGAUAGCAGAACUAAUUCAAAUAUACCACAAAAUAAAUUUAAUAACAAAUUAAGUAACACAAAUACCAGAAGAUACUCAAACACUCAUCAAAACCGCAUAAAUAAAGAGGCUAUGGACAGACGGAGAAGAGAAUAUUUAGAAGCAAGACGAAAACGAUUAGAAGCUAUUAGACUUAAUCCUACCGAAUUCCGGAGGCACCAAGCGAGAUUACGAAUGGCACAACGACGGCCACAAACAAACUCAAGAAGUAGAUCCAUCGAAAAUAGUAAUUCUUACGAAUUUUCUCAUAGCAAAGGUCAAAGUCGAGAAAAGAUAUCUGACCGACUGAGAUUACGACGUAUUAGAAAUAGACGAAGGCGAAAGAGAUCGAAAAAUUGCGCAACAAAACAACCACCGUAUCAAUGGAAGACAAAAAAUUUCCAAAGGCAAAAUGACACAUCGAAUACACACCAGAAUAUUAAGAACAGUCGCAGUAAGGAUCACUGGAAGCACGGCAGUAGAGACAGCACGCGACGGUCCACGCGCUCUGUGAGUCGACCGCAGCACGUCGAGGUGUUAUUGGUCGCAGAUAAGUCUAUGACUGACUUCCACGAUCGGGGAAGCUUGGAGACGUAUCUACUGACGAUUAUGAAUAUGGUUUCCUCUCUGUACAUGGACCCAUCAAUUGGAAACUACAUUAAAGUUGCCGUCGUCAAAAUAAUACUGGUCGAAGAAAUGCAAUCGGCGCCGGAACUGAAAGUAUCGACCAACGCUGAUUCAACACUUGAAUCAUUCUGCUGGUGGCAACAGCAGCUGAACCCUGACAAUGAUGAGAACCCGCACCACCACGACGUAGCCAUCCUCGUCACCAGGAAAGACAUCUGCAGUCAACAUGACUCUCCUUGUAGUACACUUGGCGUGGCGCACGUGGCCGGCAUGUGCAAGCCGGACCGCAGCUGCUCCGUCAAUGAGGACAACGGCAUCAUGCUGGCGCACACCAUCACACACGAGCUCGGACACAAUUUCGGCCUGUACCAUGACACGGAGAAAAUCGGAUGCCACCGCCGCGAGGGAUCGACGCUACACGUCAUGACACCCAUAUUCGAGGCUGACACCAUACAAGUGGCAUGGUCACGGUGCAGCAAGAGAGAUGUCACCAACUUUCUUGACGCCGGUUUAGGAGAAUGCCUCAGCGACUUGCCUUCACAGCAGGAGUACGUUUAUCCUGAAGUACCAGCGGGAGUGACAUUCGACGCGGCGACGCAGUGCCACCUGCAGUUCGGCGCGGAGGCAGUUGUGUGCGCUAAGCCCACGGAGCUGUGCGAGCACCUGUGGUGCCUCGUCAACAAUACCUGCAAGACCAUGCUGCGCCCCGCCGCCCCCGGCACCACCUGCGGUCACAACAUGUGGUGUCAGAACCAGACGUGCGUGGCGCGCAGUCCGUCGCCGACGCCGCGCGACGGCGGCUGGGGCGAGUGGGGCGAGUGGAGCGAGUGCUCGCGCUCGUGCGGCGCCGGCGUCAGCACGCAGGCGCGGGAGUGCAACCGCCCCGAGCCACUCAACAACGGCAAAUACUGCAUCGGCGACAGGAGCCGGUACAAAGUGUGCAACACGGAGCCGUGCCCUAUCAACGAGCCGACGUUCCGCGAGGUGCAGUGCGCUAAGUACAACAACAUUACAUAUAACAACGAGACCAUCUCCGACUGGGUGCCGUACUUCGAUCAAGACAAGCCGUGCGAGCUGCAGUGCAUCCCGCGCAGCCGCAGCGACGUGGAGAUGUUGGGCGGCUUCGUGGCGGACGGCACGCCCUGCAAACAGAACCUCGGCGCCAGGGACAUGUGCAUAUCGGGCGUGUGCUACAAGGUGGGCUGCGACUGGAUCGUGGGCUCCGAGCUGGAGGAGGACGCGUGCGGCGUGUGCGGGGGCUCCGGCGCCGCCUGCAAGACCGUGCUCGGCAUCUACACCAAGGACACCGCGCGACAGCCCGGCUACUCCGAGGUUGCAGUGAUCCCGGCGGGUUCUAGAAACGUGAAGAUCGAAGAGAAAGUGAGCACCGGGAACUACAUCUCCAUCAGGAGCGCCAAGUCCCGGAGGAUGUACCUCGUCGGCGCGAGAAAUGCGACAAUAUCGGAGUACUUCGUGGCGGGCGCGCCGGCGAUCUACGAGCGAGACCGCGACUGGGAGAAAGUGCGCAUCAGCGGACCGCUCGCUGAAGAUAUCAAAGUAUUCCAACGUAUCUCGGGCGGCAAGCACCGCAACCCCGGCGUCACGUACCAGUACACGGUGUCGCGGCCGCAGCGCCGCCUCGCCUACCGCCUCUCCGACGGCGAAGAGGCGACAAAACAACGGAGCGUUUACUGCGUGGACAAAACAACGAAUAACGUCAUACCAGAUUCCUUAUGCGACGCGGCCAUUAAGCCCAUAAGCAUUAUCAAGUGCGCUGAUGUGCCGGCUUGCUAG